UAAUAAUGUGCCGUAAAUAGCGGAGAAAUCCACCCUCUCUUCUUCCUAACUCUAAUCCGUCCUACUCUUCCCUCUCCGCACUUCUCCCUUCCCCACACAAUCCAGUCAUGAAAUCCUUCGCCGGAACCCGCCUGAUACUCCUCCAACCAUCCCUCCCCAAGCACGCCACCGCCACCACCCCUCCGCCGCCUCCGUCAGCUCAACACCGCCUCUGGCUCAUCGCCCUCAUCUCCUUCUUCGCAUUCGCCUCCAUCCUCACCCUCCUCUCCUCCUCCGCCCGCGAAUCCCGCCCCACUAAUUCCCUCCUCCGUGCUGCCGCAUCCGUCUCUCCCGCCGCCAUUCCAGCUCCGGUGGCGGCGCUCCACCCCAACCUCUUCGACGCCCUCCUCCACUACGCCUCCCAAUCCGCAGCCAACGGCCGCAUGCCGGAACCCGAACUCCGCGCCAUCGCCGCCGUCCUCCGCCGCCGAGGCCCCUGCAGCCUCCUCGUCUUCGGCCUCGGCCCCGAAAGCCUCCUCUGGCGCUCGCUCAACCACGGCGGCCGUACCGUCUUCAUCGACGAGAACCAGUACUAUAUCGCCCAUUACGAGGAGCGCCAUCCGGGCCUCGAGGGGUAUGACGUGGCGUAUACGACAAAGGUAAGUGAGCUCGGCGAAUUGCUCUCCGCCGCGCGGAAGCAGGUCGGCGGGGAGUGUCGGCCCAUCCAGAAUCUUCUAUUUUCUGACUGCCGGCUCGGCAUCAACGACUUGCCGAACCAUCUGUACGACGUGGCGUGGGAUGUGAUACUCGUCGAUGGGCCGAGGGGAUACUCGCCGACGAGCCCGGGGAGGAUGUCGGCGAUCUUUACGGCAGCGGUGCUGGCGAGAUCUGGUGGUGCGGGGCCCACCGAUGUGCUCGUGCACGAUUAUGAGCGGGAGGUGGAGAGGGUUUGCAGUGCGGAGUUUCUUUGCGGGGAGAAUCUUGUAGGCGUUGAGGGCCAGCUCGCGCAUUUUGUUAUACGUGGCGGUGGCGCGGCUAGGAAGGAUGACUUCUGCUUCAACCGUACCGCCACGGCGGCGGCGGCGACGACGGCGGCGAUGUUGUAGGAUCUGGUGUAAUUAAUUAAUUAAUUAAUUAAUUGCAACGCUGUGGGGUUUUUUUUUGUUCGACUUUCUGUAAGGAAUUUAAGAUAAAAAUAAUGUAGUUGUUAUAUCGUGAUGAUGGGAAUGGAAAGCGGGAGAACGGUGGGUGCUUUUCCCUUUAAGCGCCAAAUUCUCUUCUUUUUUUGCUUUCAUAAUUUGUUGGAUUUUUUUUACCUAAUCUCUUGUAAUAUUAUCUUAACAGAUAUUUAUUGUUUUAA